AUGAUCGUCGCAGACUCCGAGUGCCGAGCCGAGCUCCAAGGCUACCUGCCGUUCGCCCGGGGCGGUGGCGGAGGCGGUGGCGGCCCGGGGACAGGGCAGGAGCAGAGGGAGAGCCGAGCCUGGCGAGGUCCUCGCGGGCCCAGUGCCUUCAUCCCAAUGGAGGAGAUACUUCAGGAGGGGGCUGAGAGCCUGGACCAGCACCUGGGGCUGGAGGCACUGACGUCUUCAGGCCGGGUGGACAACCUGGCCGUGGUGAUGAGCCUGCACCCAGACUACCUCAGCAGCUUCUGGCGCCUGCACUACCUGCUAUUGCACACGGAUGGACCCCUGGCCAGCUCCUGGCGCCACUACAUCGCCAUCAUGGCUGCUGCCCGCCACCAGUGUUCGUACCUUGUGGGUGCCCACAUGGCCGAGUUCCUGCAGACUGGUGGUGACCCCGAGUGGCUGCUGGGCCUCCAUCGGGCCCCAGAGAAGCUGCGUAAACUCAGCGAGAUCAACAAGCUGCUGGCACAUCGGCCAUGGCUCAUCACCAAGGAACACAUCCAGGCCUUGCUGAAGACGGGUGAACACAGCUGGUCGCUGGCCGAACUCAUCCAGGCCCUGGUGUUGCUUACCCACUGCCACUCUCUGGCCUCCUUCGUCUUUGGCUGUGGCAUUCUCCCUGAGGGAGACCCAGAGAGCAGCUCUGGUCCUCAGGUCCCUUCGCCACCCAGUGAGCAAAGCAGUCCCCCGGGCCAGGAUGCUUUGAACAGCCCCGGGGGCUUAGAGGCCGUCCGUGACGUGGAGACGCUGAUGGAGCGCAUGCGGCAGCUGCAGGACAGCCUGCUGCGGGAUGAGGGCGCAUCCCCAGAGGAGAUGGAGAGCCGCUUCGAGCUGGAGAAGUGUGAGAGCCUGCUGGUGACGCCUUCAGCUGACAUCCUGGAGCCUGCUCCACACCCAGACAUACUGUGCUUUGUGGAAGACCCUGCUUUCGGCUACGAGGACUUCACCCGGCGAGGGGCCCAGGCACCCCCCACCUUCCGCGCCCAGGAUUACACCUGGGAAGAUCACGGCUACUCGCUGAUCCAGCGCCUCUACCCUGAGGGUGGGCAGCUGUUGGACGAGAAGUUCCAAGUGGCCUGUAGCCUCACCUACAACACCAUCGCCAUGCACAGCGGCGUGGACACCUCCGUGCUCCGCAGAGCCAUCUGGAACUACAUCCACUGUGUCUUUGGCAUCAGGUAUGAUGACUACGAUUAUGGGGAGGUGAACGAACUCCUGGAACGGAACCUCAAGGUUUACAUCAAGACGGUGGCCUGCUACCCGGAGAAGACCACCCGCAGAAUGUACAGCCUCUUCUGGAGACACUUCCGCCACUCAGAGAAGGUCCACGUGAACUUGCUGCUACUGGAGGCCCGCAUGCAAGCCGCCCUGCUCUACGCCCUCCGUGCCAUCACCCGCUACAUGACCUGAUUCCCUCCUGCGUGGGACCCCACGUGUCGAGCAACCGACUCCGGGGCUGUCCUCCUCCCUGCCAGGACUCCUCUGUCCGGAGAGAGUCCCGGGUCCCUUUGUGUCCCAACUUUUUCCUCUCCUGGGGUUGGCUUAUACGUGAUGCUGGCGGGAGGGGAGGACCUCCCGAGCCACACUGUCCUUGCCUUCACUGGUGGGGACGGCAUCGCUACACUGACUCUGUCAGCUUGGGAGGGACCGUGGGACCCUACAGGGCUGUUCCCCGUCCUCCUUUCCCUGCUUCCAAUGGAAGGACAACACGUGCCACUCAGAGUUCCGGGCCAGCAGGCUGUGUCCCGGACUCCCCCAGUGCUGUGACUUUGUGGCCUGGGAGCCCCUGGCUGGCCCCAUGGGAGAGGGUUGGAUGCCUCCAGGGACUAACACUCCAGACAGCCUUGCCUUCCCACUCUCGCUCAUCCCCAGAUCUCAUUACCUCCUCCCUGUUCUUCACCCAUCAAUGUGAAAGCCGGGUCACGGCUGGGCUGUGUCCGUAUCC